ACUAAUUGCUCUGUGUUUUCUUCUGUUAUCCUACAGAAUUUCAGAUAUUUUAUUUUUCUUUACAUUAAAGUAUUAUUUUUAUCCAAUUUUUCAUAGUAUCUGUUUGUUAUUUUAUCACUUUGAUUCUGAUAAUAAAUUUUGGUUUAAAAUGUCGGAAAGAAAAGUGUUAAAUAAAUACUAUCCACCGGACUUCGAUCCUUCGAAGAUCCCUCGUAUGAAAUUGGCGAAAAAUCGUCAAUACACAGUACGUUUAAUGGCUCCAUUCAACAUGCGUUGUGCUACUUGCGGUGAGUACAUCUACAAGGGAAAGAAAUUUAAUGCUAGGAAAGAAGAUGUUGAGAAUGAGGAUUAUCUCGGCAUAAGGAUUUACAGGUUUUAUAUAAAAUGUACUCGAUGUCUUCAAGAAAUAUCUUUCAAGACAGAUCCAAAAAAUACGGACUAUGAAAUUGAGGCAGGGGCGACCCGAAACUUCAUGGCAUUAAAGUUAGCUGAGGAACAAGCGAAACGGGAAGAAGAAGAGCAAAAGGAAGAGGAAGCAAACAACCCUAUGAAAUUAUUAGAGUAUAGAACAGAACAGUCAAGACAAGAGAUUGAGCUUUUAGAAAGUUUGGAAGAACUGAAGGAGUUGAACCGGCGGCAGCGCGCUGUAGACUAUGAGAGCAUGCUCAAACAAUACCAACCAGAGACUGCCGAAGAGCGAAAAGUGAGGGAACAGAAAGAAGAUGAUGAGUUUAUAAAAUCCAUAAAAUUUAAUAAUUCAUCAUCAAAUAAAGUAGUCGCUGAAGAAAUAAUAGAGGAUGUAGAUGAAGGUGAACCUCCAGCAAAAACUUCAAAAAUAGAAGUAAUUCCACCUAAAAAGACAGAAUUAAAAAAAGAGGCGACGUGGAACAGAAGUAUAGGAGUUUUAUCAAAGCAACCAUUAACUAAUCUUGUUAGAACUAAGAAAACAGAAGCAGUAAGUGAUGGGAAGAGUACUGUAGUUAAUAACAUCCAAACAGUCACAGAGUCAGAGGUUGCUAGCAGUAAAAGUGAGAGCAGUGGUGGUACAUCAGCGCCAAUGGCACCGGUACCGACGGGUCUGUCGCUUCUGGCAAACUAUUCGGGCAGUGACAGUGAUUCAUAGUUGAGUGAUUUUAAAUCUGUACUGUAUAUAAUUAUAUACAUGAGGAUAAUCAUAUUUGUAAAUAAUAAAGAAGACUUGUAUAA